UACGUGAACCAUAUGCCAGGGGAGCAGACCUUUCUCUCGGCAGUAAUUCGGUUAUUUUUGCGUCUGUUGUGUUAUUACUAAAGUAGGUUACCUACAUUUAAGUUAAUUGUACUGUAGCAAGAAGAAUGGGCUGCGCAAUAUCAGGACUGGCACCGAAAACACUUGGAGAGACAAAAACGGAAGAAGAUGUUGCGCAUCUCAACGAGAAGCAAAUCCAGAUGAUCAAGGAGUCCUGGAAAGUUAUCCAGGAGGACAUUGCGAAAGUUGGAAUUAUUAUGUUCGUCAGGUUAUUUGAGACCCAUCCAGAAUGCAAGGAUGUAUUCUUUCUGUUCCGAGACGUGGAGGACCUUGAGAUGUUACGAACCAGCCGUGAGCUCAGGUCACAUGGCCUACGAGUAAUGUCCUUCAUUGAGAAAAGUGUGGCCAGACUGGACCAGCUGGAGAGACUAGAUGUUCUGGCUGUGGAGCUAGGGAUGAGCCAUUACCAUUACAACGCCCCACCUAAAUACUACAGCUAUGUAGGAGCAGAAUUCAUCUGUGCUGUCCAACCCAUUCUCAAAGAGAGAUGGACCCCUGAGCUUGAGGAGGCAUGGAAGACCCUGUUCCUGUACCUGAGCAGGCUUAUGAAGCAGGGCUACCAGGAGGAGACAAGCAGACAUCACCAUGAGGCAGCAUCCUGCAAGGAAAGGCCAGAGAAGAGGAACACACCCAGAUGAGAGACCUGGCUAUGGCUGGCCUCCACCCAGAGACUGUUGAGCAUAGCACAAAAAUGUGGCACGUGGCUUUUAGCUGUGUAUAUAGUGUAUUUAUCGCUUACAGUAUUCAUUUUCUACAUACAGUUGAAGUUGGAAGUUUAUAUACACUUAGGUUGGAGUAGUUUUUCAACCACUCCACAAAUUCCUUGUUAACAAACUAGAGUUUUGGCAAGUCGGUUAGGACAUCUACUUUGUGCAUGACAAGUAAUUUUUCCAACAAUAAUCUACAGAUUAUUUCACUGUAUCGCAAUUCCAGUGGGUCAGAAGUUUACAUACACUAAGUUGACUGUGCCUUUAAACAGCUUGGAAAAUUGUAGACCUCCACAAGUCUGGUCCAAUGCCUAAAGGUACCAUGUUCAUCUGUACAAACAAUAGUACACAAGUAUACACACCAUGGGACCACUCAGCCGUCAUACCGCUCAGGCAGGAGAUGCGUUCUGUCUCCUAGAGAUGAACGUACUUUGGUGCGAAAAGUGCAAAUCAAUCCCAGAACACCAGCAAAGGACCUUGUGAUGCUGCAGGAAACCGGUACAAAGUAUCUAUAUCCACAGUAAAAACGAGUCCUAUAUCGACAUAACCUGAAAAGCCGGCUCAGCAAGGAAGAAGUCACUGCUCCAAAACCGCCGUAAAAAAAGCCAGACUACGAUUUAAAACUGCACAUGGAGACAAAGAUCGUACUUUUUGGAGAACUGUCCUCUGGUCUGAUGAAACAAAACUAGAACUGUUUGGCCAUAAUGACCAUCUUUAUGUUUGGAGGGAAAAGGGGGAGGCUUGCAAGCCAAAGAACACCAUCCCAACCAUGACCCACGAUGGUGGCAGCAUCAUGUUGUGGGGGUGCUUUGCUGCAGGAGGGACUGGUGCACUUCACAAAAUAGAUGGCAUCAUGAGGUAGGACAAUUAUGUGGAUAUACAGUGCCUUGCGAAAGUAUUCGGCCCCCUUGAACUUUGCGACCUUUUGCCACAUUUCAAGCUUCAAACAAAGAUAUAAAACUGUAUUUUUUUGUGAAGAAUCAACAACAAGUGGGACACAAUCAUGAAGUGGAACGACAUUUAUUGGAUAUUUCAAACUUUAACAAAUCAAAAACUGAAAAAUUGGGCGUGCAAAAUUAUUCAGCCCCUUUACUUUCAGUGCAGCAAACUCUCUCCAGAAGUUCAGUGAGGAUCUCUGAAUGAUCCAAUGUUGACCUAAAUGACUAAUGAUGAUAAAUACAAUACACCUUUGUGUAAUCAAGUCUCCGUAUAAAUGCACCUGCACUGUGAUAGUCUCAGAGGUCCGUUAAAAGCGCAGAGAGCAUCAUGAAGAACAAGGAACAUACCAGGCAGGUCUGAGAUACUGUUGUGAAGAAUUUUAAAGCCGGAUUUGGAUACAAAAAGAUUUCCCAAGCUUUAAACAUCCCAAGGAGCACUGUGCAAGCGAUAAUAUUGAAAUGGAAGGAGUAUCAGACCACUGCAAAUCUACCAAGACCUGGCCGUCCCUCUAAACUUUCAGCUCAUACAAGGAGAAGACUGAUCAGAGAUGCAGCCAAGAGGCCCAUGAUCACUCUGGAUGAACUGCAGAGAUCUGCAGCUGAUGUGGGAGACUCUGUCCAUAGGACAACAAUCAGUCGUAUAUUGCACAAAUCUAGCCUUUAUGGAAGAGUGGCAAGAAGAAAGCCAUUUCUUAAAGAUAUCCAUAAAAAGUGUUGUUUAAAGUUUGCCACAAGCCACCUGGGAGACACACCAAACAUGUGGAAGAAGGUGCUCUGGUCAGAUGAAACCAAAAUUGAACUUUUUGGCAACAAUGCAAAACGUUAUGUUUGGCGUAAAAGCAACACAGCCCAUCACCCUGAACACACCAUUCCCACUGUCAAACAUGGUGGUGGCAGCAUCAUGGUUUGGGCCUGCUUUUCUUCAGCAGGGACAGGGAAGAUGGUUAAAAUUGAUGGGAAGAUGGACGGAGCCAAAUACAGGACCAUUCUGGAAGAAAACCUGAUAGAGUCUGCAAAAGACCUGAGACUGGGACGGAGAUUUGUCUUCCAACAAGACAAUGAUCCAAAACAUAAAGCAAAAUCUACAAUGGAAUGGUUCAAAAAUAAACAUAUCCAGGUGUUAGAAUGGCCAAGUCAAAGUCCAGACCUGAAUCCAAUCGAGAAUCUGUGGAAAGAACUGAAAACUGCUGUUCACAAAUGCUCUCCAUCCAUCCUCACUGAGCGAGCGGUUUUGCAAGGAGGAAUGGGAAAUAAUGUCUGUCUCUCGAUGUGCAAAACUGAUAGAGACAUACCCCAAGUGACUUACAGCUGUAAUCGCAGCAAAAGUUGGCGCUACAAAGUAUUAACUUAAGGGGGCUGAAUAAUUUUGCACGCCCAAUUUUUCAGUUUUUGAUUUGUUAAAAAAGUUUGAAAUAUCCAAUAAAUGUCUUUCCACUUCAUGAUUGUGUCCAACUUGUUGUUGAUUCUUCACAAAAAAAUACAGUUUUAUAUCUUUAUGUUUGAAUCCUGAAAUGUGUCAAAAGGUCGCAAAGUUCAAGGGGGGCGAAUACUUUCGCAAGGCACUGUAGUUAAAGCUUGGUUGCAAAUGGGUCUUCCAAAUGAACAAUGAACCCAAUCAUACUUCCAAAGUUGUAGCAAAAUGGCUUAAGGAUAACAAAGUCAAGGUACUGGAGUUGCCAUCACAAAGCCCUGAUCUCAAUUCUAUAGAAAUGUUGUGGGCAGAACUGAAAAAGUGUGUGCGAGCAAGGAGGCCUACAAACCUAACUCAGUUACACCAGCUGCGCCAGGAGGAAUGGGACAAAAUUCACCCAACUUAUUGUGGGAAGCUUGUGGAAGGCUACCUGAAACGUUUGACCCAAGUUAAACAAUGUAACUUUUUAUGGCUGCCCUCCCAUUAACGGGAUAAUUGUCAUCAACAACCGCUGAAUUGCAUAGCGCCACAUUCAAAUAAUAUUACUAAAAAUAUUUAUAUUCAUGAAAUCACAAGUACAAUGUAGCAAAACACAGCUUAGCCUUUUGUUAAUCUACCUGUCAUGUCAGAUUUUGAAAAUAUGCUUUACAGCGAAAGCAAUCCAAGUGUUUGUGUAAGUUUAUCGAUCGCUCAACAAAACAUUAUGUACACCUAGCAUCAAGUAGCUUGGUCACGAAAAUCAGAAAAGCAAUCAAAUUAAUAGUUUACUUAUGAUGAUCUUCGGAUGUUUUCACUCACGAGACUGCCAGUUACACAAUAAAUGUUCCUUUUGCUCCAUAAAGAUUAUUUUUAUAUCCAAAAUACCUCCGUUUGUUUGGUGCGUUAUGUUCAGAAAUCCACAGGAAAGAGUGGUCACGACAAUGCAGACAAAUUCCAAAGCAGACAAAUUCCAAAUAGUAACCGUAAUGUCCACAGAAACAUGUUUAAACUUUGUUUUUUAAAUAUAUAAUCGAUAAUAUAUCAACCGCAACAGUCUUUUUCAGUCAGAGUGGGAAAGGCAAUGGCUGCACAAACUCUGUUACGCAUACAAAACACAGCUGGCACCCGGCCAUACAAUGACGCAAUGUUAUCUUUCUCGCUCAUUUUUCAAAAUAAAAGCCUGAAACUAUGUCUAAAGACUGUUGACACCUUGAGGAAGCGAUUGGAAAAGGAAUCUGGUUGAUAUCCUUUUAAAUGGAGCAAAGGCAGGCUGUGGAGCAUGGAGUUUUCAAAAUAGAAGCCGAUUCCUGGUUAGAUUUUCAUCAGAGUUUCACCUGCAAUAUCAGUUCUGUUAUACUCACAAACAAUAUUUUGACAGUUUUGGAAACUUGUUUUCUAUCCAAUACUAAUAAGCAUAUAUUAGCGAGACUGAGGAGCAGGCCGUUUAGUUUGGGCAACUUAUUCAUCCAAGCUACUCAAUACCGCCCCCCAGCCAUAAGAAGUUAAAGGCAAUGCUACCAAAUACUAAUUGUAAACUUCUGACCCACUGGGAAUGUCGUGAAAGAAAUAAAAGCUGAAAUAAAUAAUUCUCUAUUAUUAUUCUGACAUUUCACAUUCUUAAAAUAAAGUCGUCAUCCUAACUGACCUAAGACAGGGAAUCUUUACUAGGAUUAAAUGUCAGGAACUGUGAAAAAAUGAGUUUAAAUGUAUUUGGCUAAGGUGUAUGUAAACUUCCAACUUCAACUGUAGCUUGUGUUAUCAGCCUACAAUGUAAAGUUAAACGGCGUAUUCCUUAUUUCAACAAAUCGCUGCCAGAUUGAUAUUUAUUCCAA